AUGCUCCGGACACAGAACCUCCACCGCUUCCAGAGCCUUGCUCUUGCCCACUCCGCCAGGACCCUUUCACACACCCCCCGAUACGUCCACCAGAGCGCACGCCAGAAUGUCUCCAUCCCUACGUCAUCGGCUGCCUCAUCCCACCACCUCCUUGCCCACCAGCCAGAGACGCACGUCGCCCAGACAAGGGCAGUUCUCGCCCGUCUCCCCACGUCCACUGUCCUCCGCUCCUACCUCAUCACCGCCAUGUCCUCGCAGCCACUGCUCCUCAAUGCAUGCUUUGCCCUCCUGCAGCGCAUGCUCAACUCCAAGUCGUACCUCAUGAGCAUUGACCGCAACCCCGUGCUGUCCAACCUGCUCAAGAAGACGUUUUAUGCUCAAUUCUGCGUCGGAGAGCACAAGGACGAGGUGGUCAGGAACACCGACUUUGCCCGCACGUUGGGCUACGGCGGCAUCCUUUUUGAGUACGCACUCGAGGUACUGGGCGGCGAGGCCCCGACCGCCGCCGAGACCAAGAAGGAGAUUGAGGUAUGGAGAAAGGGCAUGCUGCAAAGCGUCGAGAUGGCCAAGGCAGGCGACUUUGUUGGACUCAAAUGGUCAGGUCUUGGACGCCAGGCGCUGAAGCUCCUCCAGAACCAGCAAGAUGCUACCCCCGAGAUGUGGGAGGCCAUCACAGCAGCCUGCGAUGCUGCCGCCGCAAAGGGCGUCAGCCUCCUUCCUGGCGCCGAGGAAGAAGCCACCAACCUGGGUCUUGAGAAGUGGACGCUUGCUCUCCAGAAAAAGUACAACACCCCCGAGCGAGGCCACGCCGUUCUCUACAUCACUUACCAGUGCUACCUCCGCGACAUCUCCAAGCGUCUGGCCAAGCACCUCGAAAUGGCCUCCAAGGGCAACUACAUUGCCGGUGUCAAGCUUGUACGCGGCGCAUACCUGACUUCGGAGCCCAAGCACCUCACCUUUGACACAAAGGCCGGGACCGACGCCAACUACGAUGCCUGCGCCGAUGCUGUUGUCCGCCAGCAGUGGACCGACAAUGUGCCUGCCCCCACUCCCGGCACUCCUUUCCCUCGCGUCAACAUUGUUCUCGCAACCCACAACCUUGCUUCGGUGCAAGCCGCCCAGAAGAUCCGUGCUGCUCAGAUGCUCACCACCCCCGCCGAGCAGCUGCCACGUCUGACCUACGCCCAACUCCAAGGCAUGGCCGAUGAGAUUUCCCAGGCCCUGGUCCAGGACGAGACAAUGAAGGCCGACAAGCAGGCCAAGGUUGUCAAGUGCAUGACCUGGGGCACCACCACCGAGUGCUUGAACUUUUUGCUUCGAAGGGCCAGUGAGAACAAGGAGGCUGCCCUCCGAACCGAGGACACGAGGCGCGCCAUGGGCAAGGAGCUCUGGAGGCGUAUGAAGGGAGUUUUUGGACUCGCCUAA